AUUUCAGCACGCCAAAAAUGUCAUACCUUGAAGACAUACCACAACCUGAGAAUGGGUACUAUGUCCUCGUCACCGGUUCCAACAGUGGCCUGGGACUUGGCAUAUGCACACGAAUAAUCGAUGAGUUCCUACAGACACGCCCGCAAAUAGAAUCCCUCGUCCUCAUCAUUACCACCCGAGACAAGAAGAAAGGCGACGCCACGAUCGAGACGGUCGAAGCACAUCUACGCAAGGUCUGCCGCCAGCAUGAACGAACAUUACCGGGCGUCACGCAGCUGCUACAGGGGCGCAUACACUUUAGGCAGGAGCGAUUGGACCUCUUGAGCCUUGUCUCGGUGCAGAAGCUUAGCAAGAAGUUGCGCGAGACAACGCCCAAGCUCGACGUCGUCAUCUGCAAUGCGGGUAUUGGCGGCUGGACAGGCUUAAACUGGCCUCUGGCGGUCUGGAGCUUCCUCCGACGGUGGAGGAUGGCUGCCAGUUGGCCCACCUACAAGAUAUCGGGCAAAGGAUGGGUCGCCAGACCACAACUACCGGCCAAAGAUGGGCAGCCACAUGAGGAGCCUGCGCUGGGCGAGGUCUUCUGCGCCAAUUUCUUCGGUCACUACCUGCUGGGCCACUACCUUGCACCGCUGCUCGCACGACACCCCAGGAGUCAAGGUACGAGAGGCAGAUUGAUCUGGACAAGCAGUCUGGAAGCAUAUGCGCAUACUCUGAACAUCAACGACCUCCAAGGCAUUACUUCUGAAGACGCAGCAUACGAGUCGUCGAAGCGAUUGACAGACGUCAUGGGUAUCACAUCAAGACUACCAGCCACGUCCAAUGCCGUGGACCAGUACCUCGACUUACCCGACCAAUCCGCUGAUACUACGAAGCCUCUGAUCUACGUCACGCAUCCCGGUAUUACCGCGACCACCAUCUUCACCCUUCCGCUCAUCCUCGAAUACGCCAUGGUUAUCGCCUUCUACGUCGCCCGCUGGCUCGGCAGCCAAUGGCAUCCCAUUACCCUCGAGAAAGGCGCUGUCGCCAUGGUCUGGCUUGCACUUGCCAAGCAGAGCACACUUGAUACUAUGGAGGAGAAGGAAGGUGUGGGCAAGUGGGGCAGCGCAACGGACUUCUGGGGUCAAGAGCGCGUUGAGCGGACAGAGGUGUCUGGCUGGGGCUGGGGAGGCAGGUUGGGAGAGUACAAGAGGAAGGGGAGAGACCCGUUUGCGAAGGACCUUACGAAAGAGGAGAGGGAGAAGUUUGAGGAGACGGGGAAGAGGUGCUGGGAGGAGAUGGAGGCGCUGCGAUGUGAGUGGGAGGACAGGCUGAGGCAAGCUGGCAUUGCGGUCGAGAUGGAAUAAGCAUGGAUUUGAGACUACCAUCACGUUGUACGAUCAUGUAAAACAGGCGUAUUCGCGCCUCAGUAGCACAUUGUAAUAAUCGCAC